UUGCAAUGGAGCCGGGGCGCCUGGAGCCCUUUUCAUCUACAAAAAAUGGAGCAAGGCCAUGGGUGUACGAUGCUGAUGCUCACCAUCUUCACAGGAUACUGAGCAGGCAGCUCCUGAUGCCCCGAUUCUGGCGGAGCAGGUCUUGAUGCGCCAAACGACGGCCAAAUCGAUCGCCCGGGGCGGGGCGGGCGAGGCCGGCAUUCCGUCGAACAGAGCGCGGGCGCCCGCCUACUCUCUCCCCGACGGCGAAGCCUUCAGUCCCUGUUCCCCUCGACGGCGACGCGCUCGGCCGAGGCAGAGGCCCCCACGCGGCAGGGGCGCUUGUGGCGUGGCGCCCCGAGCCGCGGCCACCUGCCUGCCCGGAUUCCAUCGCCCCACCUCAGUGCUCGCGCGCGCGGCGCGAGUGGGCGAGUGCGGCGCGAAUCCGAUCCCCCCGUAUAAGAAGAAGCGGGGGUGAGUGGGCGGAUGGGAACGCGGCCCGGCUCGCGAAACCGAAUCCUCCCUCCUCCUCUCCUCCGGGUGCUGCUUCGGAAUCGAGAUACAUCCUUGCAGGUAAGUCAGCAACGCAACAAUGGAAGAAGGGAAAGACAAGAAUAACACCACCGAGAAGGGGCUGUUCUCAAACAUGAUGCAUGGUUAUCCACCUCAUGGAGGAUACGGAUACCCUCCUCAAGGUUACCCGCCACCGGGGGUCCCCUACCCUCCUCCCGGGGCGUAUCCUCCUCCACCACAAUAUGGGUACCCUCAGCCCGGUGGCUACCCACCUCACGGUGGAUAUCCCCCCGUCGGCUACCCUGGCUACGGGGGUGGCCACGGAGGCCAUGGCUACGGCGGCGGGCACAUGGGCUACGGAGGCGGCUACGGCGGCGGCAGCCAUGCUCUCGGGCACCACCACGGAGGCCACGGCUACGGCCAUUAUGGUCACGGAGGCCAUGGCUACGGACACCACGGUCACGGACACUACCACGGCGGGCACGGCUGGGGGCACCAUGGCCAUGGAUAUCACCACCACCACCACCACGGCAAGCACGGUUACGGCAAGUUCAAGAAGUGCAAGUGAUGUGCGUCUGCGCAUGGUGAUUGCGCCUCAUCAACUAUCUUAAGUAAGCUUGGUUCCAGAAAUACCCCCGCGGCUGGGAAGAGCGGUAGCAUGUCUCCUGUGAGACUGCGAUGAUGCAAUGCACCUGUGCUGUUACGAUAUACCAUAUAAUUUGGUGCGGUAUAGCUAAUAAGGUUUGAUAAUAAGUAGCGGAAUCAGAUGCCAGUCAUUUGCUGCAGUUCA